CGAUCAGUCGCGUCUCUGCCUUCACGCACACAUCUGUCAUCUCCCACAGCCGUAUGCACAGUUAGCCAGGUGCAGUUUAAACAAUGUCUUCUGUUGAAGAAAUUUCCUACUCCGUGGCGGAGAAUUUGGUGGAGGACGGAGUAGAAGAGGAGAACACUGCAGAGGAGGUGGAGAUGGAAUAUGAGGAGCCUGUGAAAGGAGGUUAUAUCUUCUACAAGGACAGAAAAGAGUGGGCCGAUCUAGAACCCGUUCCUCAGGAUGAUGGACCCAACCCUGUCGUUAAAAUAGCUUAUUCAGAAAAAUUUACAGAUGUGUUUGACAUGUUCAGAGCACUCCUGAAGAACGAUGAAAAGAGUGAGAGAGCGUUUGCUUUGACCGCUGAAGCCAUCGACCUCAAUGCUGCAAAUUACACAGUAUGGCACUACAGGAGAGUUUUACUGCAGGCUCUAGAUAAAGACCUGAGAGAAGAGAUGAGGUAUAUCACAGCCAUCAUAGAGGAUCAGCCGAAGAACUACCAAGUCUGGCAUCACAGGCGGAUGGUGGUGGAGUGGCUGAAGGACCCGUCUGAAGAGCUGCAGUUCGUGGCAGAAAUUCUUAGUCAAGAUGCCAAGAACUACCACGCAUGGCAGCACAGACAGUGGGUCAUCCAGGAGUAUAAGCUGUGGGAUGGAGAGCUGGAGUAUGUGGAGGAACUGUUAGAGGAGGAUGUGAGGAAUAACUCUGCUUGGAAUCAGAGACACUUUGUCAUUAGUCACACCAGCGGAUACUCUGACCCUGCCAUCCUCGACAGAGAAGUGCAGUACACCCUGAAACAAAUAAAGAAAGCUCCUCACAACGAGAGCGCUUGGAACUAUUUAAAAGGGAUCCUACAGGAUGGUGGGCUCUGCUCGUAUCCUGGACUGCUGGAGCAGUUGACAGAGCUCCAGGACACAUGUAGCUCUCCAUAUCUCACCGCCUUCCUGGUCGACCUCUACGAAGACGCUCUGGAGACCAAUAACUCCAGCUACGACCAGCAAGAAACACUCAGCAAGGCUUUGGAGCUUUGUAAGCUCUUGGCCGAGGAAAAGGACACCAUUAGAAGGGAAUACUGGAAUUACGUGUCCCGCUCUCUGCAGAACACGUAUGGCUCAGGUGACCCUGUUUCCUCCUCUGACCCACCACCUCCUCCCUCAUCCCAGCAGCCCGACAUGGAGGCCAGUGACCCUUGAGGAGAAACGCAGGCCUGGACACAUGCUUAGACAGAGAGAUUCUGAGACAUGAAAGACUCUUUAUCUUUGUAUGAGUGCUUGUGUGUGCAGGCUUUAACAGCAGCGCUUGUAAGUCCGAACGGUGUCAAACUCAAGUAGCCAUAUGCUUAAACAUGCUCAGAAGGAACUGUACAGUGAAUUAAAUGGACUGCGGGAGUCUGGCAGUUAAUCAUACCACUCAUACUUAUGUUUUAGACUACCAUCUAAGUUUUCAGAGGUUAAAAGUGUCAUUUAUCAAAGCGAAUACAUUGCCGACGUGUUUUAGGUGUAGUCAAACUUUACUUGCCAAAGCAUCUUCUGGUCUGUGUUACCAAACCCUGCUCAGACUGUGACUGUACACGCUUUUUUUUUGUAUGUUCAGAAAUAAUAAUAGAUAAUGCUUAAUCUGA